AUGCUCCCUACGCCCUCCACCUCUCAUGUAGCGUUUGAACGCGUUUACGAACCAGCAGAGGAUUCUUUCUUAUUACUUGAUACUCUAUCCUCUGAGAGCGAGAAAGAGUUUCUGAAAAAUCGCUUCAAUGGAGAUAUAAACCCUUCACCGGACCACAAAAGUCCAUCUAGUCCACUCGUCGUUGAGAUAGGCACAGGGUCAGGCGUCGUACUAUCAUUUAUACACGCGCACGCGGAAACCAUAUUUGGUAGAGCAGAUGUCCUUACGGCUGGAGUCGAUGUAAAUUUACAUGCCUGCAAGGCUACCAUCGAAACGGUCAAUGUGGCGGAGAAGGAGCAGGCAGCACAAAUUCAGUCGCAUGGCUUAUAUUUGGGCAAUUUAAGUGCAGAUCUUACGAGUGCACUGAAGCAUGGAGAAGUGGAUGUCUUAAUUUUCAAUCCGCCAUAUGUUCCCACUCCCGAUUUACCCGCCCUGAAUCAAGGAGGGGCCUCCAGCCCAUUCGAGGUUGAUUCUCACCUACUCGCCUUGUCAUAUGCUGGUGGAAACGAUGGCAUGGAAGUUACCAAUCGACUUCUAUCCUCCCUACCGGAGAUCUUAAGCAAAAGCCGCGGUUGUGCGUACGUCCUACUAUGCGCUCAAAACAAACCAGAGACGGUUAAAGAUCGGAUCAGGCAAUGGGGGAAGGAGUGGAUGGUGGAGACAGUUGGCCGUAGCGGCAAGACAGCUGGCUGGGAGAAACUGCAGAUACUUAGGAUAUGGCGCAUAUCGUCUCAUUCCGCAAUAUAA